GACGCUGUAUCCAAUCGCACAGUGCUCUAUUACCUAACCUGGGAACAUGGCGCUGGCUAGUGUAGUGAGCUCUGAGGGCUGCUCGUGGACCCGGCCCCGGGAUAUCCCGGUGGGCUGCGGCCUGGAGACCGGUGGGCUCAGCUUCCAGGUAGUACCCGGUCUCGGGCAGGGAACCGCUGAUCCUGGGAUUGAGUUUCUGCACGGAACUACUACUCUGGCCUUCAAGUUCCGUCAUGGAGUAAUUGUGGCUGUGGACUCCAGAGCUACAGCUGGAUCUUACAUUGCCUCACAGACCGUGAAGAAAGUUAUUGAGAUCAACCCAUACUUGUUGGGCACAAUGGCAGGUGGUGCUGCCGAUUGUAGUUUCUGGGAGAGGCUUCUUGCCCGUCAGUGCCGUAUCUAUGAACUUCGGAACAAGGAACGCAUAUCUGUGGCUGCAGCUUCCAAACUCCUAGCUAAUAUGGUAUACCAGUACAAGGGCAUGGGCCUGUCUAUGGGAACCAUGAUCUGUGGAUGGGACAAAAGAGGACCAGGUCUUUAUUAUGUGGACAGUGAAGGAAACAGAGUGUCUGGCUCAGUCUUCUCCGUGGGUUCUGGCUCUAUGUAUGCUUAUGGAGUGUUGGAUAGAGGAUACAACUAUGACCUAGAAGCAGAGGAAGCACAAGAACUGGCACGACGUGCCAUUUACCAUGCAACAUAUCGUGAUGCUUACUCGGGUGGAGUGGUGAAUCUCUAUCAUGUGAAAGAAGAUGGAUGGGUGCGUGUAUCACAAGAUGAUGUGGCUGAACUACAUGAAAAGUACAAGGGCAAGACUGACUGACUUUCUUAGCUUAGGAAGUAGGAAUACUAAAGAUGCUCCCUUAUCCUCCAUAUUGUCUGAGCUACCACUACAUGAUGGUUAUUAAUGUGAGAGAAGGGGAAUUCAGGCUUUAAGCAACACUUAAAAUGUAUUUUCCUUUUAUGUCAAAUGAUUUGGAUAUGUGUUGGAGCCAUGCUCCUUUACAAUAUUUAAGUGUCUGCGGCAUACCAUCUAUUAAACAUUUUCUUUACAAGUC